AUGGUUCUACUUGCAAUUGCUGAUACUUCAUACAAUUUCCUGUACAUCGACAUGGGUGCCAUUGGGUCACAGUUGGAUGGUGGUGUAUUUGCCCAGACCCGUCUCGGUGAAAUGCUGUUGAAACAGGACGCAAAUCUUCCCAAACCUGAGGCUCUGCCAUGUACAACAAAUAGAUCUCCUAUGGACUAUUUCCUAGUUGGUGAUGAUGCCUUCCCUCUGUGGAAUUAUCUUAUAAAGCCCUACCCCCAAAGAGGCCUGUCCAAGAAGGAUUGGAUAUACAACUACAGAUUAAGUAGGGCACACAGGAUGGUGGAGAACGCCUUCAGGAUUCUGGCUAACAGAUUCAGAGUAUUCCACACAUCAAUAUGUCUCAAGCCUGAUCGUGCAGAGUCAAUAGUAUUGGCCUCAUGUGUUCUGCACAAUAUAGGAAGGAGUUCAGGAGAACCCCUUCACACAUAA